GGCGGCCUGGGAAUUGUUCGUGGGCGAGCAGCGUCUGCUCAUGCGCGUGCACACGCUCGAGACCAUGCUGUCCGUGGGCAAGCAGCCCGACGCGCACCACGUGGCGCAGCUGCUCAGCGACAAGAGGAACUACCAGGAAGUGGCGCAAGAGAGCCUACGAGCGGCGCACGAGCAGCGGCUGGCGCUGGAGGAGACGCUGGAGCGCCGCAGCCGCGAGGCCGCCGCGCUGCACCAGCACAACUGCGCGCUGCGCCUCGCCGCCAACAACGCGCUCGCCGAGCUCCAGGUAACUGCACCUCAAGCGGCGCCAGAGAGCCUGCGAGCGGCGCACGAGCAGCGGCUGGCGCUGGAGGAGACGCUGGAGCGCCGCAGCCGCGAGGCCGCCGCGCUGCACCAGCACAACUGCGCGCUGCGCCUCGCCGCCAACAACGCGCUCGCCGAGCUCCAGGUAACUGCACCUCAAGCGGCGCCAGAGAGCCUGCGAGCGGCGCACGAGCAGCGGCUGGCGCUGGAGGAGACGCUGGAGCGCCGCAGCCGCGAGGCCGCCGCGCUGCACCAGCACAACUGCGCGCUGCGCCUCGCCGCCAACAACGCGCUCGCCGAGCUCCAGGUAACUGCACCUCAAGCGGCGCCAGAGAGCCUGCGAGCGGCGCACGAGCAGCGGCUGGCGCUGGAGGAGACGCUGGAGCGCCGCAGCCGCGAGGCCGCCGCGCUGCACCAGCACAACUGCGCGCUGCGCCUCGCCGCCAACAACGCGCUCGCCGAGCUCCAGGUAACUGCACCUCAAGCGGCGCCAGAGAGCCUGCGAGCGGCGCACGAGCAGCGGCUGGCGCUGGAGGAGACGCUGGAGCGCCGCAGCCGCGAGGCCGCCGCGCUGCACCAGCACAACUGCGCGCUGCGCCUCGCCGCCAACAACGCGCUCGCCGAGCUACAGAAGCUGGCAGCGCGGUGCGAGCGCAAGAUGUGCGCGGCGCGGCUGGCCAUCAGCGCCGCGGAGGAGCGUGAGCUGGCCGUGCGCAGCCACCUGCCGCUGGCAUAUUCAGUACAAAAUGGCGAAGCCAAAAUGCUGGUUCUCAGCACCGACAGUAACAAACUGCAAGAGGCGAAGCGCGGCGGCUCUCUCGAAGACGCCGUGCGCGCGCUGCCUGACUACAUCAAGCUGCUGUUGCCGCAACAGCUUCUCAACAAGGUUGGCAUAAAAGUGAUAUCUGCUGAGGGCAAGUCGGCAAAAGAGUUCGAUUUGAUACUGAAAAAGAACAACAUUUACAACUCCGAAGCCAGGGAAAAGCAACAGGCGGAAGAAGGCGGCGUCGGAGGCAGCGGCGAGGAAAAGUCUGGGGAGCCCGACUCUUGCACGGACGAUGAGAAACAAUCGCGUUUGAAUCAUGAGCCAGGACACGAAGACAGCCCCAGCCCGCUGGACGGGGAGCUUCGCCCCGACAACAACGCCAACUCUACCUACAGCGAGUCCGACAACAGGGAGGAAUCGCCGAGUAAAGCUGGUGUCGAAUACGCAAACAUCCUCCGCGUGAUGGCCGGUCUCAACGAAGAGAUCAAGGUCCUUCGCGAGCGUCUCAACGUCACCAGCUCCGAGAACGAACAGCUGCGGACCGUCCGCGACGAGCUGCUGGCGGCCCAGGGCGACGCGCGCGACGAGCCGCCCGCCGUGGAGCCCGAGGACGCCGCCGCCUACAGGGCGCGCAUCGCCGACCUGCAGGUACCUAGCCUCAACCACCAGCUCCGAGAACGAACAGCUGCGGACCGUCCGCGACGAGCUGCUGGCGGCCCAGGGCGACGCGCGCGACGAGCCGCCCGCCGUGGAGCCCGAGGACGCCGCCGCCUACAGGGCGCGCAUCGCCGACCUGCAGGCCCAGCUCACGCGGUCGACGGUGGCGGAGGAGGCGAACCUGGCGGAGAUCCAGCGGCUCGCGUCCAACGCCGCCGAGCUGCAGGCCGAGCUCGCCUUCCGCCCCACGCGCGCCGACGCCGACCAGCUCGCCGCCGAGCUCGCCGAGCUGCGCGCCGAGCUGCUCGCGCGCCCCGCCCCCGACCCCGCGCCCGCCUCCCCUCCCGCCCCCGCGCCCACCGCCGACAAGGCCGUCGACACCGCCGACGAGCCCCCCGCCGAGAACAUCGACGCGCGCCAGAUCUCCGCCGAGAUCGACGAGAUGUUCCGCCUCGACUACGACGACGAGGACGAGGAGACCGACUCGGCCGUCACCGAGAUCACGAAGGACGAGCGCUCGCUCGACGCCGACGCCGACACCGCCGCCGGCGAGUUCGUGCGGCUCGACGACGAGCGCCGCCUGCAGGUCACGCUGCGCAACGGCUCGCUGCACGCGCUCGAGGAGGAGCUGGUGCGCGCCAAGGAGCGCUGGGCCGAGGUGGCCGAGGAGCGCGCGCGCCUCGCCGCGCAGCUGGCGCAGCUGCAGGACAAGCCCGUGGCGCGCCUCAGCCUCGCGCACGUGCUGGCGCUGCUGGUGCCGCUGCUGGCCGCGUGCCUGUACUACGCGCUGCUGCCGCUGCUGUCCUGAUUGACGGCCACGUGGGACCCGCCCGGGUACGCGUAGCCCGCGCCCGCGCCCGCGCCGUGCGGACUCCCCUCGACUCUUUGCUCACUCUCCCCCUCGAACCUCCUUCGUGACGAGCGAACACGAACUCUCCGGACCGACUCGCGCCGCCUCCAGUACCUGUUCGAAUAUUACGCGCCGUCGUCGGCCGAGGGCUUCGGUGUAUUUAUGGAUUAGAGUAAUUUUAGUAAUAUGUUAUAGAUGUCGGUUUAAUUCACGCCUUCGGCCCGGUGAAUGCGUUUAUAAUGGCGGCGCGGGCGGGCGCGGCUCGCGGAGUGCCAUCGCCAGCGUCGCGCCGCGGGUGUCGGUGCGCGUUGUUAUCGCAUGUAUAUACCCUAGUGUUGUUUCUGUAAAAAGUGUCGGUAUCGUAUUUGAUAGAUAUAAAUUGAUUGUUGAUAUCUGCCAUAAUAAAUAAAUGUAAAUUUUAUAUUAAGGCCUAACGACUGUCCUAAGUUAUAAAAUUAUUGUUGUACGAGGUUUAUCGAAAUUUUCAGCCGAGCGGCGCCGGGACUGCGGAGCGUCCCGUUCCCUUGUUGACUGUUUUACAAUAUUGUAGUGUGUUACCGCCGAGUGGCGCUACAUAUCAUUGCGUAGGUUAUCGACCGUGGGCAUUUACUCGUCGACCACUUGGCAGUUGCUCUUCGAAUCGUUUGCAUUUUUCUAGUCUUUAGAAUCGAGGUAGACUUGGUUGCAUGACUUUUUGUGCUCCUGUGUUUUUUACACUGUCUUUUAGAUCUUAUUUACAAAUAAAAAUGAUCAGUUAACGACGGUCAGUUUUCUUGCGCAUUUAACGUGCAUCUCUGACAUUUCAUACGUUUGUCGAUAGCGUUGUCUUUGGGUUGUAACUUGUAGUGGCGGACUCACGGGGCCGUCAAGCCGUGGCUGCGCUGGCUCGCUUAGCUCUGUGAUGUGAAGGCCAAUAGAUAAUUUUGUAACAAACUUGUAUAACUAACAAUUUAUUAUAAUAUCUCUAGAAUUAUAUAACUUUACCACGUUGAAGUCCACAGUCUUUAAAUAUUUAUUAUUUUAUUGUUGCACUGAUUUUGUUAUGUUCAAUGUUUUAUUUUGUGUUUAAACCUUACUGUAAAUAGAUUGUAUCUUAUACUCUUUAAUUUUAGUUUCCGUCUGUCGAAGACUUUUAUGUUGUAUUUUAUGGAGUAAAAUUAAUAAUGCAUUCAAUGUGGAUGUACUGAUAAAUUUAUUGGAAAUAAUAUUGAUUUGUUUAAAAA